GUUGUUUCCAAUCUUGGACCAGAGCAGCGACACAGCUGACCAAAUAGUGGUUGCUAGGGCAGCUAGCACGUUAGCCUAUCACGUUAACCUGUUUUUAAAUAAUUUUUCUCUUUCAAGUAGUUGUUGUUUUAAUCGGCGAUAAAAGCAUGUAGGGAAUGUGUCUACGCUUUAUAGAAAAAUGUUGUUAGUAACGUUAGAUAUUUGUAUUUUUAACAUGCUAUCUCUGGCUGUCUGUUAGCCUUAUAGCGAGCUGCUGCUCAGUCUGUUGACAGACUGAUAUUACCAUAGCGAAGUCAUUCGUGAUAUUGUAGAUAAAUAUAUUUUCCAAAUCCCUUUAAACGUUUGGGAGCAAGUGCAAUAUGGACACGAAUGUACAGAAGAGGCGAGAAAAUAAAAAGUCUUUACGGGUAAAGGUGAUCAGUCUGGGAAAUGCAGAGGUUGGGAAGAGUUGCAUUAUUAAACGGUACUGUGAAAAGCGAUUUGUUCCCAAGUAUUUGGCCACUAUUGGGAUAGAUUACGGAGUAACCAAGGUUCAGGUUCGGGACAGGGAGAUGAAAGUAAACAUUUUUGAUAUGGCUGGACAUCCAUUCUUCUAUGAGGUUCGCAAUGAGUUCUAUAAGGACUCUCAGGGGGUGAUUUUGGUCUACGAUGUUGGGCUGAGGGAAAGUUUUGACGCUCUAGACAGCUGGCUUACAGAGAUGAAGCAGGAGAUGGGGUCCCAAGCCAACAUGGAAAAUAUCAUCUUCGUUGUUUGUGCCAACAAGGUUGACCUGACCAAACGGCGUGUGGUAGAUGAGAGUGAGGGAAGGCUUUGGGCUGAGAGCAGAGGAUUUCAUUACUUUGAAACUUCUGCACAGAGUGGUGAAGGCAUCAAUGAAAUGUUUCAGGCCUUUUUCUCUUCUAUAACUGACAUGUGUGAGAAUGGAGGAAAAAGACCCACUCCAGAGGUCAGUGUCGGUUUUACAAAAGAGCAGGCCGACACUAUCCGACGGAUCCGCAACAGCAAAGACAGCUGGGACAUGCUGGGUGUCAAACCUGGGGCAACAAGGGAGGAAGUCAACAAGGCGUACAGAAAGUUGGCUGUACUGUUACAUCCAGACAAGUGUGUGGCUCCAGGCAGCGAGGAUGCUUUUAAAGCAGUGGUCAAUGCUCGCACUUCCCUUCUCAAGAAUAUCAAGUAGGACAUGUGCUCAUACACACGUGCAUCUCCUCUGGUUUCCAUUAAAAACAUCUUCCUUAGUAUAUAUCUGGAAUUUGCCAUAAAAAAAGAAGAUCUUCUUUUAUCUACAGUGUGCCACAAGAAUGUUACUGUUAUGAAUUUUGUCUGUAUGCCUGUUUUGAUAGUUUGCUGUGGUGUUUGUUUAAUUUAUGUUAUUAUUUAUAGUUUAUUGUAUCCAUGUGCAUUAAAUUCUUCUAGCCAGGACAAUUUUCAGUAUAAAUAACAUUGUAAGAAUUGUUUUAUCCUUUUUAUGGGAUUACAAGCUAGGUCUCCCAAUAAUGAAAGUAUGUAAACUGGGUUUGAAACUUUUUAAUGAUACUAAAACCUAACCAUGUUAUAUCCAACCUAGCUUGUUAAUUUUAAAUGUUACAGUAGCAAAAUCUUUGCAAUGUUCUGAGCUGUCAGAUCUCAACCUAGAUCACAUGCACAGUGUCCACCCACAGUAUAGACAUACAGGUAAAAGAUCACUAAUUUACUAACUUUUCUGCUUAGUUGCACUUACUAUGAGGAAAGACGGACAAAUAUGGGUGAUUCUCAUGAAAUCAGAUUUUUUUUAACAGACCUUGAAGCCAUUUUUUUUUUUUGCACAUAAAGGAUAAAGGUGUGAACUUACUAUAACCAUUAUUUUUAGAGGAUUUAUAUUUCCUAUCGAGUUAUUUAAAUUUUUUAGAUUAUCAUUAUCAAAAAUUAUCAUUACCGCAACAUGAUAUUUUAUUAAAUAUAUGCAUUUACAAACUUAUGUUUCGGUAAUGAGAACUAAAAAGUUGUCCCGGUAUUAUGACAAACAAAAUUUCAACUUUAUCUGGAGAAAAAAAAUAAGAACUGCUUACCUGGCAGCCAUCUUGAAUGUCACGGUCAAUUAUGUCUCUUCCAACAUUUUUUUUUAAAUGUUAGUUCAUUGACGACUUAAACAAUGAUUGAAAAUUGUUGCGGAGGAUGAGAAAAUUGGUCUUGGACACACUUAUAUUCCUUAUUAUUGUCUCUUCAUUUAUCAGUGAUCAACAAAUACCACAUGUUUCUUUACUGUAAAUGUUUAUAGUAUAACAUGCACUAAAGCUUUAAAAAAUUUUUAUUUUUUAAUUAUAAAUAAUUCCAUGUCAAAGAACCCAAAUCCAGUCGUGGACACGUUGCGGUAAUGAAAAUUAUCCCCUUAAUGUGGAAAAAACUACGAAAUUGGUUUGUAUGAUGUCAUUUGAAAUCGUGUGCAAAAUAGUACAUGAAGAGAUGUUUGUAACUGUAUGCUUCGUAUUUUGAUACAGUAGCAUUUACUUUUAUCAACAUUUUUUUUAUGACACCUCAUAAGUCUAAUUUCGCAAGAAUCACCCAUAUGGGUGAUUCCCAGUCUUAUCUCCACUUUAUCUUAUAGCUCACAUAAGUUGUUUACAUGUUCAAUUCAACUCAUAUUUAUUUAUAUAGCACUUUUACAAUGUUGCAUUGUCUCGAAGCAGCUUUACAUGAAAAAAGAACAGGAAAUUACAUUUACAGCAUAGAAUACAAUGUUAUAUGUCAAUGUCAUGAACAUGUAAAGGCUGAUGUAUAGUCAAUUUUUUACGGGUAUGCAAGGGUCUGCGUACAGUACAUGUGACGCAGUUUUCAUCAUCAGAAGAGUGCUUUUUUCUACUUUUAUAAUUUCGUUUUUUUUCUUGUCAUUUAUUAUUAAAACAUUUAAUUGAAAUAUCAAAAUCAUUGUUAUUGCUAAACAUUAAUUGGACAAUUUUUUUGUGUCAUUCACCACAACGGCAAGCAAUUGCGCGACCCACCUUAUCCCACUGUGUGACCCACAAGUGGGUCCCAACCCACAGUUUUAAAAACCUCUAUUAAAGCUGUGCGUUCGACUGCAGGCGUGCAUUCGCAUACACGUAAAAUACAGACUAUACUCUGAGCUUAGGUCUCUUGUGUAUUUCUUUGAAUAACAUAUGACUAACUGAAGUGCCGUCGGUUCAUUCACCUGUUAAGAUUGUAAAGUAUGUUAAUAACCUGUGAAAACCUAGCUUAAGCCAUUUUUAUUUUUAUUUUAAAAUUAAACUACAAGACUUUAGCCUGGAUUUAACAGAAAGGGUCUCAUAUAUCCAAAUAUUGGGUACAGUAAUUAGUUUAUAUGAUAACAGACUUAAUCAUGGAACAGUAUGUGGUCAGUAGUGCCAAGACUGCUAAAUGUUUUUUGUGUACAGUAAGUACAGUUUACUAGUCCUUAAAAAACACAUUGGAGUGUUUCCUAAAAUGCACAGUUUAAAAAAUAACUAUUGCUAACUUUUCAAUUCAUUACUGUAAGUGUAUUAUGCAUGAAAAUGAAUAGUAUCUGAUCCCAGGAUACUGUACGGCAAAGGGUCUUCGUUUACACUUUACUGAGAAUCAGCUGUUACAAACGCAGAGUUUCCAGAUGUGCCAGCAUGCAUAAGCUUGACUGAUGUGUAGGUAACCACUGUAAUGCAAGUAUAUCAAAUCUUGUAUUUUUUUAUGGAAUUGUAGGCGUUCGUGUGAUGUGAGUUUACAUGUGUAAUGCAAACAUUAUUUAUAUUUUUAAACAUUUAUCUGAACAGAACAUCUUUAUUUCGAAGCACAUUUUUGGGGACAUUCAAUAAGAUGCUGCCUUGUUCACUACAGUAUGUUGGACUACAGUAUGUACCUAACAAAUCAGACUUUACGCCAACCAUAAUGUAAAAAGGUCAGUACUGACUCUUAUUAUACCUUAAUGUUUCAUUAUCUUCCCUUAUUAUAUGAUAAUCAGAUCAAAUGUGGAUCACUUGUGUAUUGUUUAUGCCUAUUGUUACAUUUCAUGACAUGGAUUUGUCCGAGUAUAAACGUGUUUAAAGGCAUGAGCAAGAAGCAUGAACAAACAUGUUUGUUCAGGCGUGUUUACAUAGAUGUCAAGGCCACCGCAUUAUGGAAAAAGUUAGUGGCUCUGUUUUAUGCACAGAAGCAUUUACUUUCUCCAAUUAUGUUAUAUACUGUACUGUAUUAAAGAACUAGUUGUGAA